GUCGAAGAAGCCCUCGAAUCCCACCAACACAUGAUGGACGCCAUCAACAAAAUUGAGAAGGCCAGCUGCCUCGAUUGGUCCAACGAGUUCAAAGAGCAAUGUAGCGCGCUCACUGCUCGCGAUGACCGUAUUCUUGGCGCAUGUACUCCCUUUCUUAGCCCUUUCGCUACUGACCGUUUUACAGGCAGAGAUCCCGGGACAAGAUCAAGAUGGCUACAAUGCAGAACCUGAUUUCUUCCGUGGAAUGCAUGAUCGUCCGCACACUUCCCGGCUACAGCCUCAGCAGCGUGUGGGGCGCUUCAAGAAACUUGGGCUCGCUAUGACAAGGAGUUCUCAUCCAGGUCCUCCACCUGCACCUGCACCGCCCACUACUGCUCCCACCACCUUAAAAGCCCACAUACGACACUUAUUCACCUGGAGACCCGAUCAUGCAGCGCCACCCGUCGUUGACGUUCCUUUUGCGCAGGGUCGGAAGCGUAAUGCUGCAGCGGGUGCUCCUCCCGAUGACGAUUCAGACAUUAUACAUGCUGAAUAUGUUGAAGAUCCUCCACAAGAUCCCAAUACACAGCAGCAGCAACAACCAGUAGCAGCGCAAGGAGAUACUGGGGAACAUGGAGGCGGCAAGUCAUGUUUCUGCUGCUAGAGGAAUUGGUGGCUUCCUCGGGCAUUUCAGUUCUAUCAUCGCCCUUGUUGUAAUAUCUGCUGAUGACUUGAAGUAGUGCUUUAUCAAUAGAUGAUGACUGCACCGUGUGGAUUAUUAUUAUUACUUUGCGUCUUCCAUAUGUAAAACUUGGCCGCAUAGAAGAUGUAACAUCACUCGAGAAUGAUUUGUGAAAGUU